CAAGAUAGUCUUGUUGCUGAACCCACUCAGAAUGGAAAAGGAGAACUUAACAAUGAUAAAGUGCUCGCAAUUUCCGUGAUUGAUAUUCAAGUGAAAAAUCCUGUAACUAGAGAAAGGACGUGUUCAUAAGAACAACUGAUAUGUAAAGAAAAUUGUUACACCAUGGAGUUUGAUGAUAAAUCCUAGACUUGGGUUUUUUAUGGUUUUAGUAUAUUCUAAAUAUAAAUUGGUCAAUUUUAAAAUUGUGAGUCCACCUUGAGUUUGAUAAAUUUCUGUUUCUUUCUGCAGGAUGCAAAAUGACAUGAGCACUGUAGUUAUUUAUUUUGUUCUGCAAUCUUUUUCUUUGUACCAAAACCUGGACAAAACCACAUGAUGAAAGCAAUGUGCACAUGAAAAUGCCCCAGAGUUUAUUCCAAAAGAGUUGCACCAUUCGUACAAGUGAUCACCAUUAACCAAGCAAGUAAAUCAAUGGAGGGCUGCAAUUACUACUUGGCAAUGGUAGUUGCUCAGGUAUCCUUUGGUGUAACAAGCAUCCUCACAAAAUUUUCUCUAUUGCAAGGCCUCGAUCCUGUUGUCUUUGUGGUUUAUAGGCAUGUUCUAGCCAUGCUUUUGUUAGCACCAUUUGCUUAUUUUAUUGAGAGGAAGCAGAGACCUGAACUGUCAAUUUCAGUAGCUGCAAAAAUAUUUUUGCUUGCAUUAUUUGGGACCACCAUCCAUCUCAAUGUGUACUACGCCGGUUUAUCAUACAUACCCCCCACAGUUGCUUGCGCCUUGGGUAAUGUAGUCCCAAGUUUGACGUUUGUAAUGGCGGUUCUGCUUCGGAUGGAAAAGUUGAAGAUUAAAAGUCGGAGAGGUAAAGCAAAGGUGUUUGGUACACUCAUCUGCGUUAUUGGUUCUCUUAUUUUUACUUUCUGGAAAGAAGGGUACCUAUUCAAGGCUUUUGUUGAGAAGCCACUUAUCAAGGCAUAUAAUAGUGAGAUGAAGCAUGGUAAGGAAAACUGGAUCAAGGGUUCGGCUCUCAUUCUCACUAGUCACAUAGCAUGGAGUUCAUGGCUAAUACUCCAGGCCAUUGUCUCAAAAGCCUACCCUGCUCCCUUGUCACUAACCACCUUAAUAUGCUUUUUCGCAUCGUUGCAAUCUUCCUUUGUUGCCUUGUUCUUUUCAAGAGAUCAAGCUUCAUGGAGACUUGAAUGGGAUUUGAAACUUUUAACCAUCGUCUAUAGUGGAGUUGUGGUUUCGGCAUUAGUCUAUUACCUGCAAACAUGGUGCAUCAGACAUAAGGGACCAGUUUUCGCAGCUAUGUUUAGUCCCCUACAAGUUAUUAUAGUGGCAAUCUUCUCGGCAAUUGCUUUCGCAGAGAGACUCCACUUAGGCAGCUUGAUUGGAGCAUUUCUCAUCAUCGUUGGCCUUUACUGUGUGCUAUGGGGAAAGAACAAAGAUAAUGCUAUUGCUGAUCUCAACCUGAAUGGAAAAGGAGUGCCUAAUGGUGGCAUAUCCGUGAAUGGCCGAUAUAGUGAUGAAGCCUGAAACUAGAGAAAGAACAGUCAUAAGAACAGUUUUAUCACUUUUAUGUAAAAGAAAGUUUUGAUUUAGCAUGAUUCACAAAACCCGGCAUCUAUGAAAUUCAUGUUUAUUCACAUAUCUGUUAUACAAAUCAUGUUGUUGAUCAAAUCC